AGCUGACAGACUACUUUGACUUACUAUGAAAGUAUAGUCAGUUUGGCAUUUACAGUUGGUCAGUUUCAUUUACACUUACACAUGCUCGGAUAAAUAUCAGCAUAUGCAGCUAUUUCUUUCUUUUGUGUAGCCUAGCUAUUUUCAGUGAUAAAAACAUAACAAAGUCAACAGUGUAACGGCAACCUAAUUACAGAUCCCAUUGUGUUUAGAUACCUACCAUUUUAAUCUUUUCGAGGGAGCCGUUUGCCCCUUUAACAUUUGCCACGUAUCUACAACAUUGCAGUGCAGUUGUGCAAUAGGCCAAAUAAAUGAAGGUCUUCUCUGCAAACUCUGGCAGUGAGGAGAGAGGAGGAGGGGGGAGGGCAGACGGAAGCAGACGGGGCUGAAGUCCAUCAGCGAUAGUUGCAACACAAAACUGCCACUCCAGGCUGUUGCUGGAUUCAGACUGUUUUUAUUUUAAGCCAGACUGAAAUGGAAAUACCGGUGUUUACGCUGGACGCCUUCACUAAUUUACCCUUCAAAGGGAAUCCUGCGGCUGUAUGUCCACUGAUGCACGAGCUGGAUGAUGACUUGUAUCAGAAGAUAGCCGCAGAGAUGAACCUGUCAGAAACGGCUUUCAUCACCAGGAUCAACUCCUCUGACACUUUCACCACUGGAUCAAGGUUUCGCCUUCGAUGGUUUACACCAACAACUGAAGUGAAUCUGUGUGGUCAUGCCACCCUGGCCACUGCAGCAGUGCUGUUCCAGUAUGAAAAGAACAAAAACCCAAAAUUGGUGUUUGAGACCAGAAGCGGAGAUCUGGCUGUCACUCAGAGGGGGAAUGAAUAUGUCUUGGACUUUCCUCUCAAUCCACCCACCCAGGAGGAUCCUAAUGAGUUCAGAGACAUUAUUAAGGCUGCAGUUGGAAACCAUCCAGUUCAGGAUGUUUCUCUAAACUCAGUCACCAAGAAGCUUCUGAUUCGAUUGUGUGACAGCUGCGACAGGUCAGUGCUGGCCAACCUGAAGGUAGACCCCUUGGCUCUUCUGAAAAGUGAAACUAGUGGAAGAGUUAAAGGACUAAUCGUCACCCUCAAAGGGUCACCAGACUGUCAGCCAGGAUACGACUUCUACUCCAGGUUCUUUGGUCCGUGGUCUGGCAUCCCAGAAGAUCCUGUCACUGGCUCUGCCCACACUGUCCUGGGUGCCUACUGGUCUCAAAAACUAGGAAAAAAGAAAAUGCUGGCUUACCAGUGCUCCAGUCGUGGUGGGAAGCUGGAAAUUGAAGUGAGAGAUGAUGGAAGGAUCAACAUAGCUGGAGAGGUCAACACGUUCCUGCAGGGAGUGAUCAGACUGUAGGCACAAGCAAAGUGUCAACAGUCAACGCAUACCAGCUGAUGAACAUGAGGUGGUUUUAACCAGUCAAUAAAUCAGUCUGAUAAACAUGAUUCGACAUAGUAAGUUUAGAUCACAAUAGUUUAUUCAAAUUACACUACAACAACAACAACAAAAAAGAGACAAGAUUAAGUACAAAAGCAAACAAAAGAAACAUUAAAUAUGAGGCUGUGCUCAAGUAAAAAACAUUGAUGGUUGAACCAGAAACUUAGAAAUGAAUGGGAGUUAGAGUUAGAAAUCAUAGAUUAACAUCACAUUUACAAUGUUAGAACCCACAACAUUGCCCUAAAUAGUAGUUUCUUAUACAUUUCUUGGAGUUUUAUUCAUUGUGAUACCAUGUUGUUUUCUCAGUCAUUUGUCUUUUCUGCACAACUGAUCUGCAAAGGAAUUAGAAUAAUAACUCAAAUGCAUGGCUUUAUUUAGUUUCUGCUGUUGACAACACCUUGUUAUAACCUUUAUUUAGUAAGAGAAUUCCUGUAAAUGACUUGUAUAUCAGCUUGUUGUUUCUAGACAGUUGCAGACCAGUAAUGGCCAGAUUAUUUAGAAUAUUUUCCUCUUGAUGUGGAAUUCUUCUUC